ACAGGAAACGGCCGGGCGUCCCCCCCCCCGCAGGACUUUGUCCGGAAGAAAUCUAACUGAUUUCUGUUUACAUGGAAAAAGGACAAUUGUGUACACCACAUCUAUUUGAAAUAAGGCUAUCGCAUUGAAAACCGUCUUCAGGAAGCGGCUGAGAUGACGGCCAUUAAGCACGCCCUGCAGAGGGACAUCUUCACCCCGAACGAUGAGCGCCUGCUCAGCAUCGUUAAUGUGUGUAAGGCUGGGAAGAAGAAGAAGAACUGCUUCCUGUGCGCCACAGUGACCACAGAGCGACCGGUUCAGGUGAAAGUUGUGAAGGUGAAAAAGUCUGACAAGGGGGACUUCUACAAGCGGCAGGUGGCCUGGGAGCUGAGGGACCUGACGGAGGUGGACGCCAAAGAUGCCAACAAGGAGAACCCAGAGUUUGACUUGCACUUUGAGAAGGUGUACAAGUGGGUGGCCAGCAGCACAGCUGAGAAGAACUCCUUCAUCUCCUGCAUCUGGAAGCUGAACCAGAGGUACCUUCGGAAGAAAGUGGAGUUUGUGAACGUCAGCCCCCAGCUACUGGAAGAGCUUCCUAAAGCCGAAGAGUCGGUCCCAAGCGGGGAGAACCAGAGUGUGGCCGGAGGAGAUGAGGACGCUUUGGAUGACUAUCAGGAGCUGAACGCCAGGGAGGAGCAGGACAUUGAGAACAUGAUGGAGGUGUGUGAAUACGCCAUCUCCAACGCCGAGGCCUUCGCCGAGAAGCUCUCCAGAGAGCUGCAGGUCCUGGAUGGGGCAAACAUCCAGUCAAUCAUGGCAUCGGAGAAGCAGGUGAACAUCCUGAUGCAGCUGCUGGACGAGGCGCUGGCAGAGGUGGACACCAUCGAGGGCAAGCUGAGCAGCUACGAGGAGAUGCUGCAGAGCGUGAAAGAGCAGAUGGAUCAGAUAUCCCAGAGCAACAGACUCAUCCAGCUCAGCAGCACCAACAACCUGCGGCUGCUGGAUGAGAUCAACUUCCUGGUGAACUACAUGGAUUUGUCGAAGGGCCACAUCAGAGCGCUGCAGGAGGGAGAUCUGUCCUCUCCAAAGGGCAUCGAGGCCUGCAUCAAUGCCUCCGAGGCCCUGCUGCAGUGCAUGAACGUAGCACUCCGACCAGGGCAUGAUAAGCUCCUGGCAGUGAAGCAGCAGCAGCACCUGUUCAACGAGCUGAGAGACGGCUUCUCCCGCCGGCUCACCAACCACCUCAACAAUGUCUUCGUUCACCAGGGUCAUGACCAGAGCUCCAGCCUCAGCCAGCACUCUGCAGAGCUGACGCUCCCCAAACACAACGUGCUGCACAGAGACCUGCUGCGCUAUGCCAAGCUGAUGGAGUGGCUAAAGAACACGCAGCGCGAGAAGUACGAAGGCCUGACCGGGACCUACGUUGAUUACAUGACAAGACUGUAUGAGCGGGAGAUUAAAGACUUCUUUGAAGUGGCAAAAAUGAAAAUAGCGGGAACAAGCAAGGAGGGGAAGAAAUUUGCUACUCUGCCUCGGAAAGAGAGUGCUCUCAAACAGGAAACGGAGAGCCUGCACGGGAGCUCAGGGAAGCUUACAGGCUCCACGUCCAGCCUGAAUAAGCUGACGGUGCAGGGAUCCAGCAGCCGCCGCUCCCAGUCCUCCUCUCUGCUCGACAUGGGAAACAUGUCCGCCUCCGACCUGGACGUUGCCGACAGAACCAAAUUCGACAAGAUAUUUGAGCAGGUCCUCAGUGAGCUGGAGCCGCUGUGUCUGGCCGAGCAGGACUUCAUCAGCAAGUUUUUCAAGCUGCAGCAGCACCCCACUCAGGGUGUGACACAGGGAGAGGGGUGCGAAGCCGAUGGGACAGUGCACUCCCGGCUGUCCUCCGGUGGAGAACACAGGCACUCCUUGUCUGAGAAGGACAUGGUUCGUUUGAUGAUGAAUAACAUCUUCCACUGCAUUGAGGUGGAGCUAAACAGUCUGAUAGCUCUGGGGGAUAAGAUGGACAGCUUCCACUCUCUGUACAUGCUGGUGAAGAUGAGCCAUCAUGUUUGGACAGCCGAGAACGUGGACCCCGCCUCCUACCUCAGCACCACCCUUGGCAAUGUGCUCGUCACCGUCAAGAGGAACUUCGAUAAAUGCAUUUCCAGCCAGAUCCGACAGAUGGAGGAAGUGAAGAUCUCCAAGAAGAGCAAGGUGGGCAUCCUGCCAUUUGUAACCGGGUUCGAGGAGUUUGCAGAGCUGGCUGAGACCAUCUUCCGUAACGCAGAGCGCCGUGGUGACCUGGACAAAGCCUAUGUCAAGCUCAUCAGAGCCGUCUACAUGAACGUGGAGAAGGUGGCCAGUGAGAGUCUGAAGACUCCACGGGACGUAGUGUUAAUGGAGAACUUCCACCACAUCUUCUCCACACUGUCACGCCUAAAGAUCUCCUGCCUGGAGACGGAGCGGCGCGAGGCCAAGCACAAAUACACUGAACACCUGCAGGCCUAUGUCAUCACCUCGCUGGGACAGCCACUGGAGAAGCUAAAUCACUUCUUCGAGGGGGUGGAGGCUCGGGUGGCACAGGGUGUGAGGGAGGAGGAGGUCAGCUACCAGCUGGCCUUCAGCAAGCAGGAACUGCGCAAGGUCAUCAAAGAGUAUCCCGGAAAGGAGGUGAAGAAAGGGCUGGACAACCUCUACAAGAAGGUGGACAAACACCUGUGUGAGGAAGAGAACCUUCUGCAGGUGGUAUGGCACUCCAUGCAGGAUGAGUUUAUCCGUCAGUACAAGCACUUUGUGGGGCUGAUCGGCCGCUGCUACCCGGGCUCUGGAAUCACCAUGGAUUUCACCAUCCAGGACAUUCUGGAGUACUUCUCCAGUAUCGCACAGUCACACUGAACCCACCACACCCAGCCCCACCCCCUCACCCCAAAAGUGUCCUCUCCCAAGACGCCCCUCGCCCCAAACCCCUCUCAACCCAAACCCCCACCCUGUCUCUGUAGUCUAAGCAUUAAAGGAAAAGCGUAAUAAGUGGUGAAGGAGACUGUGGGUCUGUGCUGCCCUCUGGUGGCUAGCAGAAGGAAAGGGAUUUAGCAUUCUUGCCCUCAUUGUUGAGGAAAUCCUGUAGCUGUUGGUCAUGUGACUUUAUUGUGAGGAAUAUUUUUUUUGCUGAGAGUUCAGUUUCUGUUCCUCAGAGUUGAUGGCGGUGGCUGUAGCUACUGAGGAAAAGCAGCUGCCAUGACAGCAUUACCUGAGGAGCUUCAGACUCUGUGUGUGUGUGUGUGUGUGUGUGUGU